CAAAGAUUAUUCUUCUGAUGCCAGCUUAGUGCUUACUCUUCUUAUCAUCUCCAAAGUAAGUUUCAACUACAGAGUCAACGAGCAUGGCCGACGCUCUCAUCUCCAGUGUUGUGGAACAGUUGAUCAACAUCCUGAAGCACCAAGCCCAGGAUCUGAAAAGAGCUUUGGGUGUGGAGAAGGAGAUUGCAAACCUCUCAUCAAAGCUCGAGAAAAUCAGGGAGGUAUUGGAUGAUGCAGAGAAGAGAAGCUUUAAGGAUAAUGGCAUCAAGCUCUGGAUCGAAAAUAUCAAAGACUUCUCCUACGAAGUGGACGAUGUUCUGGACGAGUGGAGAACCAGAAGUCUGAGACAACAGAUCGAGACAAAGACAAGUCGCAGCUCUUUCCUGCCUUCGCGUUCCAAAUUCAAAAGGUUUGUUAUGCAUCGAGACAUCGCCAAGAAAAUAAAGGAGCUUGAUUCAACACUUGAUCGGAUUACGAAAGAGAAAGAUCAGUUCAAAUUUGAUUAUGCAUCUAUAACACACACUUCUGCUGCAUCACACUCUGAUCAAGAAUUGAUGCGAGUCACCACUGCGUUUGAUGUGGAUGCGUCACAGAUCCAAGGGCGGAAAUCCGACGCCUUUGCUUUAAUAAGCAAGUUACUGGAGAAUUCUGAAGCAAUAAAUGGAAAUGGGCCCCCUGUGAUUUCCAUAGUGGGCACGGGAGGGAUAGGGAAAACUACCCUUGCUCAACUAGUCUUUGAGGAUGAACAGAUCAAGACUCAUUUUGGGGAUGAAAGGGUGUGGAUUUGUGUUUCCGACCCCUUUGACCAGAUCAAGAUUGCAAAAGCCAUUGUUGAGUCAACCACUAAAAAAUCCACGGAUCUGUUCCAACUCCAACUGUUACUGGAAAAGAUCAAAAGCACUUUGUCUGGGAAAAGGUUCCUACUUGUGAUGGAUGAUGUGUGGACAGAGCAGUCUGCAAAGUGGGAGCCAUUGAAGAACUCUCUCAAGGAUGGACUCCAAGGGAGUAGAAUCUUGGUGACCUCUAGGAGUGAGAGGGUUGCUAGAAUGAUGGGAAGUGUGUAUGUGCACCAGUUGGAUCUAAUAUCUGACUCAGAUGCUUGGUUGUUGCUUAGCAGGAUAGCAUUUUCCGGGAGAAGGGAAGAGGAUUGUGAGAAACUGAAAGAUAUUGAUCAGAAAAUUGCUCAAAAGUGCAAAGGACUGCCACUGGCUGCUAGGGUCAUGGGAAGCCUGCUAUGUUUUAAAGACACUAGAGAUGCUUGGCAAAAUGUUUUAAACAAUAAAAUUUGGGAGUUGGAGGAAGUGGUAACAAACCUCUACCCUCAUUUGUAUCUAAGCUACAAUGAUUUGACCCCAAAGAUGAAGCAAUGCUUCGCAUACUAUGCUGUCUUUCCCAAAGAUUAUGAAAUAGAGAUAGAUGAGCUCAUCAGAAUUUGGAUGGCACAAGGUUAUGUGAUGACGGAAUCAAAAGGCAGGGAGUUAUUUGGGGGUUUAGCAAUGCGCUCUUUCUUCCAAGAUUUGAAGAAAGAUGACAUGGAUUCCAACAUUAUCAAAUCUUGCAAAAUGCAUGACAUAGUGCAUGAUUUUGCCCAGUUUCUUACUAGAAAUGAAUGCUACAGUAUUGACCAGCAUGAGGAUAAGGUUGAAUUUAAAAAUCUACGUCAUCUUCGGUCAUGGCAGACUGGUAAGAAUAUGAAUCUCCCUUCCAUUUGUGAUAUUGGAAAACUUCGUAGCUUUUUUGUUGAAGACCUUUUCCCCCCCGCACAACUUACUCUUGAUUUGUUCAAUGGUCUGAAAUCUGUGAGAGUAUUAAGAUUGUAUGGUUGUAAGUUGCAAAAACUCCCAAAGAAGAUAGGAAAUUUGCUUCAUCUAAGGUACAUUAAUUUAAGUUGGAACAAUGUAGAGGAGUUACCUGAUGAAGUUUGUUCAUUAUAUAACUUGCAAACUUUAGAUCUUGAAUACUGUAUACAGUUCUCUAGACUACCUGAUAAGAUUGGAGAUUUGAGUCAACUAAGAUACAUUAAUUUAAGUUGGAGCAAAGUAGAGAAGUUGCCCGAUACAAUUUGUUCUUUGGAGAACUUGCAAACUUUAGUUCUCAAAAGAUGUGAGCGCCUUUCUAGACUACCUGAAGGGAUUGAAAAUUUGCUUGAGUUAAGGUACAUUGAUUUAAGUUAUUGUGAACAAGUGGAAGAGUUACCCAAAGGGAUUGGCAAUUUGAUAAACUUGAGACACCUUGACAUUAGAGGCACCAAGAGGCUGGAGAUGAUUCCCCAAGGCAUCGCAAAGCUAACUCAGCUUUGUAGUUUAAGUGAGUUUAAGGUGGGGAAAUCCAUGUGUAAGUUGGGAUACAUGGAGAAGCUGAACCAACUCAAAGGGGAGCUGUCCAUAUUUUUUUUGUGCGAUCUGAAUAACGCAGCAGAUGUGGAGGAAGCGGAGAAAGCAGAAUUGAGAAACAAGAAGCACAUCAAAAAAUUGUGUUUGGAUUUCAGUCGGGGAGUCGAUGUGGGAAUAGAUGUGAUGGAAGCUCUGAAACCACCUCUUGAACUGCAAACCUUGGAACUUAUUGAGUACAGAGGAACCCACUCCCCUUCCUGGAUUACACUGUCCCUUAAUCUACGGAUUCUUGAAAUCCGGAGGUGCAAAAAUUGUUCAUCUUUGCCUCCAUUAGGCAAACUUCCUUCUCUGGAGACUCUUUUGAUAUGGGAGAUGAAAGAGCUAAGAUAUGUAGGGAGUGAGUUUUUGGGAGUCGCAGAAGUAGGUGGUGUUGCUUUUCCAAAGCUGAAGAAAUUGCGGUUCCACGAUUGUUCCGAGUGGGAGGAGUGGGAAGACUUCAAAGAAGAAGCAACAAUAAUAAUAAUGCCAUGCAUCAGGGAGUUGCAACUAAUUACUUGCACCAAACUUAAGACAGUGCCACAUCACCUCUUAAGUAGGGUGGAGUCUUUGACCAUAGAAGACUGUCCGGUGAGUGAGGGAAUAGAUGCUCUGAAACCACCUCUGGAACUGCAAGCCUUGAAACUUAAUUGGUACGGAGGAACCCACUUCCCUUCCUGGAUUACACUGUCCCUUCAUAAUCUACGGAGUCUUCAAAUCGAUGGGUGCUUAAAUUGUUCAUCUUUGCCUCCGUUAGGCAAACUGCCUUCUCUGGAGACUCUUUUGAUAGCGGUAAUGAAAGAGCUAAGAUAUGUAGGGAGUGAGUUUUUGGGAGUAGCAGAAGUAGGUGGUGUUGCGUUUCCAAAGCUGAAGAAAUUGGAGUUCCACGGGUGUCGAGGGUGGGAGGAGUGGGAAGACUUCAAAGUAGAAGCAACAAUAAUAAUAAUGCCAUGCAUCAAGGAGUUGGUACUAAGUUAUUGCAGGAAACUUAAGACAGUGCCACAUCACCUCUUAAGUAGGGUGGAGUCUUUGAAGAUCAAUGAGUGUCCGAGUCUCAAAGUUGAAUAGAUCAAGCGAAAUAUGUGGCACUCCAUAUGCCAAUCAUGUGUCAAAAUGGUGACAUCAUCGUGCUUCUAGGUAUCAAACUGUACUCUUCCAGAUCUCAUGAGCAGCACGGCAGGCAUUUUCUGAAAAUGUAUGUGGUCCCUAUAUAUCUUCAUGAGUCUCAUGGCAAUUAAGUUUCGCAUCUAUCAUUGGUAGUGAGACCUCUCCUGUGUCCCAGUUCCCGGUGUUGUCAUCAUCAGUCCCACUGCGCAUGUGAUUCGUAGCCCCCUUAGCUUCUGGACAAGAUUGCAGCUCCUAAUAACGUACAUAUGAUACCUCUCCAAAUGCUAGCUAGAUCGAGCAACCAUGUCUCUCCCUCAAAUCAGCUAGAGCUGGAAACAAAUUAAAAGUAUAAUUUGCAGAUUGACUAAUUAAGUUGCAAUGAAUAUGACAGAUAAAGUUAGGGUCGGUGAAGCUGGCGAGAAUGUAUAUGAAGAGGGUGGCUAUGGAACUUCAAUCGAAGGGGGCAUCAGAUAAAGAUACUUCCAUGGACUAUAUGCUACUCCAAGGUGUGAGAUUUGCUUUCAGAAUUCAUCAGUUUGCUGGAGGAUUUGAUGCAGAAACUAUGGAUGCAUUUGAGGAACUUCGCGAUCUUGCACUGGCUUUGAACAAGAUGUAGAUCGAAAAGAAGAGGAUUAGAGGAUAUAUAUAUAUAGUGUUACUUGAUAAACAAGAAUUAAGCAGUAUAGAUCAGAUAUUGCUAGAGGCCUAGCUACCAUCUCAGUAGCAUUAUUCCUAGCUUGCAAAAUGUGUCUUUUUGGUAUUUUGACUAUUUUCAGUUUUAUGGAUGUGUGGCAAUUUUGGCUUUGUUGAUGUCCCUUUUGUGUACUUUUGUCUUCUGUGGUUAGUGAUUAUGCAGGAAAUUAGUUCUUUCCA